AUGGCUGCGGAGCCCGUGCUGUCAGUGUGCAGCAUGGUCUCUGGGGCAGUCGUUGCUGAACUGGAUGACGCUGCCUUCAAGGCCCUCUGCGCGCGUCCCGGUGGCGGGCUGCGCUGCCUCGCAGGGCACCUGCACGCUGCGACGGGCUGUCCGAGGUUUCGCCAACGGCUGUUUGCCGAAGGCACUCUCAUCACAGAUGAGUCAGAUCUGUCGCUGCCCUGCUCGCUCCAGCUAGUACUCUUGCCCCUUUGCACGGCCACGUCAAAGCAGCGGGAAGAGGUUGGCAAAGCCAUCCUGCUCCAGAAGGCCGACCUGGUGGAGGACCUCCUGUGGCAAUGCCACGACCCAAACAUGGUGGUGCCCCACGGCCGCAGCGCCCUUCACGCGCUGACGGUGGCGGCAUUGAGUGGCAGCCGUGGCUGCCUCAGCCUCCUACUGGAGGCCUAA